AUGGGAGCUGAAGCGGCUGAGGUGCAGGUGGUUGUUCGGAGGAACAUCCCUCCUGCUCCUGUAUUGGAUUUGGAUCUCCUGAAUUUGUGUGAUCAGGCCGAUAUUAAAUCUCCAGAUAGCCCUGGGGCGAAAUUUGUCCCGAGCAUUCGUUCUGGUGGUUUUGCUGAUAUUGGUCCACGAAGAUACAUGGAAGAUGAACAUAUAAGGAUCGAUGACCUGUCUUCGCAUUUGGGAUCACUCCUCACUCUUCCUGAGCCAAGUGCCUUCUACGGGGUAUUUGAUGGUCAUGGAGGACCAGAGGCAGCAGCCUAUGUCAAAAGAAGCGCAAUCAGAUUCUUUUUCCAAGACUCUAAUUUUCCGGAAACUUCCCAAGUCGAUGAUGCUUUUGUAGUAGAGGUCGAAAACUGUCUAAGGAAAGGGUUUCUUCUAGCUGAUACGGCUUUGGCAGACGAGAGCACUGUUAGCACUUCUUCCGGCACUACUGCUCUGACAGCUCUUGUCAUUGGAAGGCUUCUAAUGGUGGCCAAUGCCGGAGAUUGCAGAGCAGUUCUCUGCCGCAAGGGUGAGGCGAUUGAUAUGUCUAAAGAUCACAGGCCAACUUACCCAUCAGAGAGAAGACGGGUCGAGGAAUUGGGCGGAUUCAUUGAUGACGGUUAUCUAAACGGUGUUCUAUCGGUUACACGGGCUCUCGGAGAUUGGGACAUGAAAUUCCCACGAGGCUCCUCCUCGCCUCUAAUUGCAGAGCCAGAAUUUCGUCAGAUUAUUCUGACGGAGGAAGAUGAGUUUCUCGUGAUUGGAUGUGACGGUAUUUGGGAUGUGAUGUCCAGUCAGCAAGCCGUUAGCCUCGUGAGGCGUGGGCUCAGACGGCAUGAUGAUCCUGAGCAGUGUGCAAAGGAUCUUGUGAUGGAAGCACUUCGAUUGAACACUUUCGAUAAUCUGACGGUUGUUAUUGUUUCUUUUACUUGUUUGGAUCAAACGGAGCAAUCACCAACACGACAGAAGAAACUGAGAUGUUGCAGCCUCUCUGCUGAGGCUCUGUGCAGUUUGCGGAGUUUCUUGGACUGAAACUGACUUUACUCGUCUCUUUCUCUUCACAUUUAUUUGAGGGGGAGAGUAUAAAAAAAAUAUGUUAGCAUUUUUGUUAUGAGUUUUUUUUUGUUAACCCUAAUAGUGGGCUUUGGUUUGGUGGGAUGUACAUAAGAAUUGGUUGGUAGGUAAGAGUAUGGGGGUGUAAAGAAUUGACUAGUGUGUGUGUGUGUGUUUGUUACUUAAUAGAGACAAUGCUGAAGGUUGAAUGACUUGUA